AUGGCGUCCUGGGGGCUCCUUGUGACCGGCGCCUCCUUCGCAGUCUUCCGGGGGCUGCAUUGGACGCUUCAGCUGCUGCCCACGCCAGGAUCUGCUGCCCAGGACAGUUGGAAGUGGCGGAACAUCUAUGUCUCCCUGGUGCACAGCCUGCUCACAGGGGUCUGGGCGCUGUUUGGGUUGUCGCUGUACCCUCAGAUGGCUGCUGAUCCCAUUAACGGCCACCCAUCCUGGGCCCUGGUGCUGGUGGCUGUGUCCGUGGGUUAUUUCUUGGCGGAUGGAGUUGAUAUGCUGUUGAAUCAGACCUUGGGCCAGGCCUGGGAACUUCUCUGUCAUCAUUCAGUGGUUGUGAGCUGCCUCAGCACUGCCAUUCUGUCCAACCAGUACGUGGGCCUCUGUGUGGUGUCUCUGCUCCUGGAGCUGAACUCUGUCUGCCUGCACCUACGGAAACUGCUGCUGCUUUCUCACCAGGCCCCAUCCCUGGCCUUCAGCGUGGCCAGCUGGGCCACCCUGGCCACCCUGGCCCUCUUCCGCCUAGUGCCUCUGGGCUGGAUGAGUCUGUGGCUAAUCCGGCAGCAACACCAGGUUCUUCCCCCUCUGGUCAUCCUUAGUGGAACUGGGCUGGUCACUGUGGGUGCCAUAAGCAUCACACUGGGCGUACGUAUUUUGGUCAAUGAUGUCCUGCGGGCUCGGCCCCGCCCACCCAUCCCGGGGCACAAGGAAACUGGGGGCACAAGGAGGUGUCGUGAUGGUGAGCUUGUCGCCAGGGACGAUGCCACUCUCCUCCUGAAAGACUAGAGAGAGGCCUCAGGCUCCUCUUCUGCCAGGCCUGGGGCAGCUAGGGACAGGACGGGGAGAUCGUGGUCUACAGUGUCCAGUCCAUUGUGGGGUAAGGACUGGGCUGAAUUUUCAGUAUCUCAGUCCCUCUUCCAAGUAA